AUGUCCACCGUUCUCUCUACACUCCAAGUUGAGAGCGUGCGCGACCUACUGUCAGGCGCAGGCUCACUGGUAUCGUGGAGAACCCUGGCCUUGAUUCUGGCUGUCGUCAACCUGAAGAAUCUCCCAUUCGUUUGGCAUUUCCGUCUUCUGUACCACUUUGUGGCCAAUCUGCGCCUGAAGCCCAGUGCCCCCUUCUUUCCCAAGGGGAGGGCUAUUGUGGAUGCACAGGGCAAACCCACCCAUCCGGUCUUUGUGUCAUGUGGGAUCACGUCUCGGACUCCGUUGCUGGAGACCGAUUAUAACCUGCACAAGUCCAACAGCACAUACUUCACGGACUUGGAUGUGUCGCGUACGGCACUCGUGAGCAGGCUGUAUAGCCCUGGAGUUGGUCUUGUGAGCAAGGAGCUGGACAAGGAGUUCCUGGAAGCGAGUCAGAAGGAGGAUAAGCGCAAGCCAAAGCGCAAGCCGAUUCUUAUCGUGCUUGGAUCUGUAUAUUGCAGCUUCAAACGCGAGAUCAAGCCCUUCGAGCUGUAUGAGGUGCACUCCAAGGUGAUCUCCUGGGAUAAGAAGUGGUUGUAUAUCCUGUCCUGUUUCAUGCGCCCCGCCCGCCGACCUGGUGGUGAAAAGACGCUCCUGGCUACAGCCCUGAGCAAGUAUGUUGUGAAGAAGGGCCGACUGACCGUAGCGCCGGAGCGGAUCCUGCGUUUGGGUGGUUUCCUGCCCACGCCGCCGAUAGAAAGCCAGACUGCAAGCGCACCGGCAGACUCGUCUACAGAAGUCUCGGCGAUUGGUACCCCCGCCAGCGGCGAGGGCAUCACUGCUACUGGAGGUGUGGACGGUUCCCUUGUGCGAGAGGUUCUGAAGAUGAACGACGAUCAGAUCCCUAGUCGGGAGGUCCUUGAGGGGCAAAAGAAGGCGAACACGGACUCAUGGAGCUCCGAAGAAUGGACGUGGGAGCGUAUCGAGCAGGAGCGAUUGCGGGGAUUGGCUGUGGUCGAGGGGUAUAUCAAUUUGGAUGAGAAGUUGAGUAGGGAGUGGGCACAAUGA